AUAACUUUUCUUCAUACUGUGGUUCAUGUUUGACGCGUCAGCCAGGCGCGCCCACUGCACAUCUCAGCUCCUCUGCACACACUAACGGAGCAGAGUUUGGAUGGACUCACGGAAAGACUACACAUGCUGCACAAAGAGUUUUGCAAGCGAAUGGGGAAGUUACGGACAAGGCCCAGCAAAACGGAGCUAAACGGCUAAAAACGUUAGCAGUCACGUCCACCCGGGAGCUGUCGGUGUUUUCUGAUCCAGACACUAAUAAAAGGGAGCAGUGCACUUUGAGGGUUACUCAGGACACACCCAGUCCCAGCUUCAACACAGGAACUGGAUGAUCAGACAGAGGGACAGGACAGACAACUGUGUCCUUCUGGGGAGCAGCCCAAUAUAAUCACAGAAUAACUUCACCGCAGAGGUUACGUCCGUGCAACAAUGGGUGACUCUGGCGAGGACUACGAAAAUUACACCUAUGAAUACUACCUGGAGUACGGCGACUUAGAGGAGCUUAAAGUAGAGCACAGGCAGAGGGAAACUAUGCACAUCAUCUCAGUGGUCAUCUACAUUAUUUCCUUUGUGCUCGGGCUGAUUGGAAAUGGAACCGUCAUCUGGGUGACGGCGUUUAAAAGCAAAAAGACGGUCAACAGCAUUUGGCUGCUCAAUCUCGCCAUGGCAGACUUUGUCUUUGUUCUUUUUCUUCCCUUCUACAUCGAUUACAUCCUGCGGGACUUCCACUGGGACUUUGGCGUGUUCAUGUGUAAGAUUAACUCAUUUGUGUCCGUGAUGAACAUGUACGCCAGCGUGCUGUUUCUCACGGUGCUCAGCAUAGACAGAUAUGUCUCUCUGGUCCACCUCAACUGGUCUCAGAGGUAUCGCACUACAGAGAGAGCCUGGUAUGUAUGUUGUUGCAUAUGGGCGGUGGCUGCCAUCACAAGCUGCCCUGCAUUGAUUUUUCGCGACACCAUGCGCCUACACGACAAAGUCGUGUGUUUCAACAACUUCCACACACAGGACGGACACACGGCGGCCAUGAGACACACUACGAUAGUGGUCAUUCGAACCACUGUGGGGUUUCUUUUGCCUUUCAGUGCCAUAUGUGUGACAGGUAUACUUCUGACAAUCAAAGUGAAUCAAUCUCGGGGAUCAGUUCGGCUGUCCAGCUUCUCCAAAACAGUCUCUGCUGUAAUUCUCGCCUUCUUUCUAUGCUGGGCACCUUUUCAUACUUUUAGCUUGAUGGAGUUAUCCAUGCAUUCCUCAAUGUACCUACACAGCAUCCUGAAAGCUGGCUUUCCUCUCGCUAACAGCUUAGGCUUCUUUAACAGCUGCAUUAACCCCCUCCUGUACAUGCUCCUGGGCAAAAAGGUGCGUCACAUCCUGAAGCGUGCAUGCCUGGACAUUACUAAGAGUUCACUGAGAGAGCUCAGCCAGUCGAUCUCUGCCACUGAGAUGGAGUCUGUGCCAGCAGUUCAACAGGAAAGUGUCCCAGAGGAGCCUGUGGAGUCGUCGACUCUAUGAUUACAACCAUCCUCAGACUGUAGUAGUUGUCCAUGAAAAACAUUACUUUAGCGUAAAUGUGGACGAUUACCAUAGCUGUUCUUUCCAGCUGUAGUGUUAAGAUUUUCCUAUUUUGUUUCAUUUGGACUACACUCAAUGGAAAAGCUGAGUAGAACGACAUAUUUCCCAUUAUUUUUCAUUUGCAUAGCACAAGGGAUUUUCAGAGAUAAAACCAAAGCUGAAACAGCUCAUUGGUUGAUCAAUAGAAAAUUAAUCUGCAAGCAUUUUCUGAUUAUUUUUGGGGCUUUCUUUGCCUUAAAUGACAGGACAGUUUGAUGACAUGCAGCAAAGGGCCACGGUUUGGAAUCGAGCCUGUGGCCGCUGCGGCAAGGACACAGCCUUUGCACACGGGGUGCCUGCCCUACCUACUGAGCUACUGGGGACCCCAUCUACAAAUAUUUUGAUAAUCAAUUAAUCAUUUAAAUCAUUAAAAAAAGAUCCUAAGCAUUCUCUGUUUCCUGGCUCUCCAUUGUGAGAAUUUGCUGCUUGAAUUUAUUUGACUUCUAUGCUAGUAACUGAAUAUCUUUGGGUUUUGGACUGUUGCUCAGACAAAAGAGAGCAAGUGAAACUUUGGCAGAUAAAUCAAUAAUGAAAGUAAUCAUUAGUGGCAGUCUUAUAUCAAAUGCAUCUCAUGUAUUGCUGAUUUUUUCAUUGUUGUACUCUUGAAGCACGGUGUCUUUGGUUCUUAGAGAUGAAUAUGUUGCAUAAAUCUAUUUGUAGUCUAACAUUGUUUUUAUAUAAUUUUAUACUGGCUGCUAGUCACUUAUUAAUGUAUUGUAAGAUUUUUAAACUAGUUGAGAGUUGUAUAAAUGUUUUAUUCUAAUAUAUUACAAGUAAAUAGCACAUUUAUAAAUAAAUCUUCCUCUGAA